AUGCCAUCCCAAAUCGAGCACCAACUCCAACAGCAACUAGAAUCCCGCAAAGACCGCUCCCUCCUCAGGCGCCUCGUCGUCAUCCCCGCAACAUCCGCCGACUUUUCCUCUAACGACUUUCUCGGCCUCGCCCGGAAUCCCCAACUCGGCGCCCGAUUCCUCAAAGAACUCCAAUCCUUCCCUACCCACACCCCUCCUCUCGGAUCCACAGGGAGCCGGCUCCUCGACGGCAACUCGCGUUAUGCCGAAGAACUCGAGGACCUGAUUGCUGGAUUCCAUAAUGCAGAGGCAGCAUUAAUCUUCAACUCGGGGUUUGAUGCCAAUGUCGGGUUCUUUAGUAGUGUUCCUCAAUCGGGGGAUGUGAUCUUGUAUGAUGAAUAUAUUCAUGCUAGUGUGCACGAUGGAAUGAAGGUUACUCGGGCGGGCGUUAAGAAGGCCUUCUUGCAUAACAGCCUUGAGCAUCUGGAGGAGUUGCUCCAGACUGUCCGGCGCGAGGAUCAGCAACAAGCAGGAACAGGAUUGUCAGGAAACAACAAGUACAAACAGAGGAACAUAUUUGUGGCAGUCGAGAGUGUGUACUCCAUGGAUGGCGAUAUUGCACCCUUGAGGGAGAUUGUGGAUCUUCUCGAGCAGUUUGGUGCAUAUCUCAUCGUCGACGAGGCCCAUGCGACAGGCGUCUUUGGAGAACAGGGACGCGGACUGGUCAACGAGCUCGGACUGGAGGGCAGAGUCUUUGCCCGUCUUCACACCUUCAGCAAAGCACUCGCCAGCAACGGAGCGGCAAUGGUGGGUCCAAAGGUGCUCAAGGAGUACCUGAUCAACUAUGCCCGCCCCCUGAUCUACUCGACCUUCACCUCCUUCAGCAACCUCGCCAGCGUCAAAUCCGCCUACCAGAUGCUCAUCGCUGGUGAAACCAUCGAGCUCGUCCAAAAAGUCCGCUCCCUAAUCUCCCACUUCCGCACAACCAUCAACAUCCCCCCACACAUCCACCUCCUCCCCUCCGAAUCCCCAAUCCAGGGCUUAGUUAUGGAGGGAAACGCCCGUGUCAACGCCCUCUCCCAACAACUAAUCCAAGCCGGUCUUAACGUCAAACCCAUCCGCUUCCCGACCGUUCCCAAGGGUAAAGAACGGGUCCGAAUCUGUUUGCAUAGUCAUAAUACAAUUGAACAGGUCGACAUGUUGAUCAGGAUUGUGGAGGAAUGGGUGAAGAAAGAGGAGAGGGAUGUUGGGGCUAUUGUGCCCUUGCCUGCUACCUUGGAUACCACCGCCACUACGGAGGCACAGGCAGCAGCAGCGGGACCAACAGCUUCGCUUUCAGUAUCGACACUGUCGGGGUCCACAAAAAAAACUUCCAUCCUCUCAAAGCUAUAA